GAGGAGGAGGAGGAGGAGUGUUUGUCGGGCAGACAGUCAGUCAGUGUGGACCGGAGUCCCAGCGGCAGUUUGGGAGAGUCUGAACCGGGAAACCUACGUCUAUUACGGGAGAAGUCAAAACGGGGGAGUCCGCAAUGAGUUGGGGAACGGAGCUUUGGGACCAGUUUGAUAAUCUGGACAAACACACUCAGUGGGGCAUCGACUUUCUUGAGCGCUAUGCAAAGUUUGUCAAGGAGAGGCUGGAAGUGGAGCAAAACUACGCCAAGCAGCUACGAAACUUGGUGAAGAAAUAUUGCCCAAAACGCUCCAAAGAAGAGGAACCAAGGUUCACAUCAUGUCUGUCAUUUUACUCCAUACUAAAUGAACUGAAUGACUAUGCCGGUCAGAGGGAAGUGGUGGCGGAGGAGAUGGCUCAUAAGGUGUACGGAGAGUUGAUGAGGUACAGUCAAGACCUCAAAGCUGAGAGGAAGCAUCAUCUACAGGAGGGCAGGAAGGCUCAGCAGUAUUUGGAUCAUUGCUGGAAACAGAUGGACAAUAGUAAAAGGAAGUUUGAGAGAGAGUGCAAAGAAGCGGAGAAGUCCCAGCUCACCUUUGAGCGGUUAGAUAACGACAUUAAUGCCACAAAGUCAGAGGUGGAGAAGGCCAAAGCCCAGUUCUACCUGCGGACCCACAUGGCCGAUGAAAGCAAAAACGAGUACGCCGCUCAGCUCCAGAACUUCAACGCAGAGCAGUGGAAACAUUUCAACAACGCUAUACCACACAUCUUCAAGAAUUUGCAGGCCAUGGACGAACGUCGAACAGUGAAGCUUGGCGAGACAUAUCGGAGCUUUGCUGAGGCAGAGCGUAGAGUCAUUCCAAUCGUCUCCAAAUGUUUAGAAGGAAUGGUUUCUGCUGCCAAAGCUGUCGAUGAACGAAGGGAUUCAGGCAUAGUCGUGGAGUCAUUUAAAUCAGGAUUUGAACCUCCAGGCGACUUUCCCUUCGAGGAUUUCAGUCAGAAUCUGAGCAGGACGGGUUCAGAUGGGACCAUCAGCAGCACACCCAAAGGAGACAGAGACAGAGAUGGGGCCCCAGGGCCACGACCUGACCUUAAACAACACCCCAUGAGCAGAACCAAGAACAAACUGUGGCUGUUUGGGAAGAAACCAAAGGCUCCAUCUCUGGAGGAUUUCAGUCACUUACCCCCCGAGCAGAGGAGGAAGAGGCUGCAGCAGAGGAUCGAUGAACUCAACAAAGAGCUGCAGAAAGAGAUAGACCAGAGAGAUGCCCUGAACAAAAUGAAGGAUGUGUAUGAGAAGAAUCCACAGAUGGGAGACCCUAACAGUCUACAGCCUAAAAUAUCAGAAACCAUAUGUAACAUGGAGAAGCUACGCUCAGAAAUUCACAAAAACGAGACCUGGUUAUCUGAGGUGGAGGGAAAGCAGAGCUCAAGAGGAGACAGGAGACACAGCGCUGACAACCAUCAUCACGCUCCUCAAGGCAGAGAGAGUCCUGAGGGCAGUUACACAGAUGACACCAGUCAGGAGCAUCACACACCUCACCACCGCCCCAAAAGUCCACCGUCUGGUCACCCAAACCCCGACCCACAUGAGUUUGACGAUGAGUUUGACGAUGACGACCCGCUGCCUGUCAUCGGACACUGCAAGGCGCUCUACUCCUUUGACGGUCAAAAUGAGGGGACAUUGGUGAUGGCAGAAGAUGAGGUGUUGUACAUUAUCGAGGAGGAUAAAGGCGACGGCUGGACGAGGGCAAGGAAGCAGAGCGGAGAGGAAGGCUACGUCCCCACCUCCUAUGUAGACAUCACCCUGGAGAAAAACAGCAAAGGUUCCUGAGGGCUGCAGGGUGGCCGGGCGAUUUGAUUGGCUGGUGGAGGGCUCACGUUGAUGGCUGAUUAUUGGUGGUGGGGGUGGUGACAAUGAAAGAAAGAGAAAAAGAGAGAGUACUGAAGGAAAUGAAGAGGGAAGUAGUUAGAAAUGAAGAGGGUGGGAGGCAGGUUUGCACGACUGCAUGCUCACUCAUCCGUAAUCAGCAAAGCAUUCUGGGAUACUAGAGUGGGGUCUUGUAGAAGGGUAGGUGAUCUGAAAUAGAGGCACUAACAUAAUUGAACAAGUGGAGAAGUCCAACAGUGUUUUAAGGAAGUUCUCCACAUCCUCUAAAGACCUUACAGACGUAGUUGCCUUCUAUGAGGAAGUUUGACUUCUAAACCUGCAGAAGAAACAGAAUUUUAAACCAUAUGCUUGUUCACUGUGUGAGAGCAACGAAGAGUCUUCUCUUCUGUUGCUGGAUUGCAACUGGUCGGUAAAGGUCAUAAAGAUUUAGAAAACUUAGAGCUUAUACGUCUUUAGGAGGGUUAACAUCAGGGGGAAAACCUGCUGAGGUUCUGCUCUCUGUUGAUGAGAAACCUUAAGUAAGUAGCACCUUGUUUAAUUUAGACUGUGGCUACAGAUGAAAAAUACAUGUGAUCUUAAAUGCUUUACUCCAUAGAGAGCAGUGCAAUAGCAGGUUCUCCUCAAGGGAUUUCUCAAAAACAGUUACCCCCUUACAUCUCACUUCAUGUUUUGACCUAGAAGAAGACAAUUUCCAAUUUAUUUAUGAAUAUUUGUCUUUGUCCUUGAAUAUUCUGGUCAAACUUUUGGAGGAAAAAUUACCAAAAAAAGCCCUAGUUUUACCUACCAACGCUUUUUCAUGUGCAAAAAUUAGGGAUGCACAGACACAUGCCAUCUGCCAAUAUUGGCCCUUUUCAUAAAACAUUGGUCAUCUACAAGUUAUGUGGGAUCAACUGAUAUCAGUAGCAAAUGCUUGUCUGUUGUGCCAUAUCAAUUUAAUGCUGGCAUCGAGCACCCUGGCUGCUGAUUUAGGCUGGCCAUACACUAGACAAUUUUCAGAUCUUAAACCAUUUUAAACGUGGGAUACCAUAAACAAAAGGACUAUUUCAAACAGUUUUUCAUCUAAAAUUCUCUGACACACACUAGACAACCUGCCAUCGACCUCACAGUGAAGAUUCCUCACACACUGGAUUUCACAGAAUCUCAAAUAAACUUGGAUGACUAUUGAUAUCCUAUCAAUAUGAUUCUAGGUCUGGAAGGCUACAAUGCAAUUUGGAGUAGUAAAAUAAUCCGGAUGACACAACACACCGGAAUUAUUCGGACAAAUAAUCAUUUGUCAUGAGCCCCUACUCAGGAUACACCCCCAUGAUCAUUGAGGAGGCAAAUCUUGCUUCCAAUCAGGCUUAAAAUUGUGCAGUGUGUGGCCAGCCUGGGAAGGGAUUUAUCAUUAAGCAGAAGAUGUGACCUUUUGGAAAAACUAUGAUCUGUUUUUAUGAUCAAAUAGGAAAAAAUAAUAGAAUUGUGGGAGUCCAAAAGAAGCAAUGAAAAAAGCACUGGCUUCAGUUUUUGCAGGCUCGGUUCAUAUUUGAUAAUCAGUGAAUCUCUGCUUUGAGCUUUUGAUUACAAAUGUUUUUAAUUAUUUAGUCCCCUUGACAUAUUACUUUUGUAAGAGUAGUGCAGGAAGCUCAAAAAUGUUACUUAAAGAUGCAGCCACUUCGGAAUUUAAAAAAAGCACCCAGAAUUGCUAGCUUUUGUGCCUCUGCCAUGAAAGCUGCAUUGCUUGGAUGCAAGGAUUUAGAUAUUUAUGCCCAUUAAUUUAACAAAUAAUCCUUUUUUGUGCCUUUAAACCAUUAAACCAGGCCAGGUUUGUUACAUUCAUAUAAAAAUGUCCAUGUCGGUGAUUUGUUUGCCAGAUGUUCCUAAAAACAAGAGAAAACCCCCCCCCCAAAAAAAAAAAUCCAAAUUUGCAAGUUUCAGAAAUCACAGUGACAAAAAAUGUGUUAGUUGUUGAAAUGUAAACUGUCCUGCUAAAUAUGAGAAAAAAUAUGACAUACAUUUUCUAAAAUAAGAGCACAUAUUAAUGAUAACUCCAAGUUUUCUUGCAUUUCUUCUUUCCUUAAUGUUUUGCACAAUGUAUCUGAUUGCAACAUGUGCCUCCUUAGUCUAAAAUACUUGCAAAAAGCUUUUUCACAUCAUAAUUUAGCACAAUUAAUCAGAGGAUAGCUGAUAACCAAGAUUUACAUUGAUCGUGUUAAAUUCAUACUUUUGUGGCCUUUUUAUUAUGAAUGUUUAUAUUGCUUUAACAAUGCAGUAACAAUAAAUUGUACAUCCCUAUUUAUAGCUUAACAUUCUUUGAUUUUAGACUAUUAUAAUGCUUCUUUCCUUUGCUCAUAUUCCUUUGCAUUUCCUGCAUGUGUUUUAGACAUGCUCCUAACUUUAUUUUGUGUUCAUAUUGUUGUUGCUUUGAAAUUUGAAAAUAGUAAGAUGACUUUUUUUUCCUCCAAACUUUUGAUUCAGCUUCUUGUGAUAAAAACAGUCAUUAUGAAACUCAGGAAGUCAGAGUUUACCUCCUUUUUAGGGUCAAUUACAAAUUUGCUACUAACUCAACCCGUGUUGCUCUGCUCCCACUCAUCCCUGUCAUCAUCAUCGUCAUCUGUGCUCUGUUGGUAAUGUCUGCCUGCCUGCCUGAGCCACUCUGCUCCUCAUGCCUGCCCUCACCGUCAUACAGCCGCAUGUCCUUAACGUGUCCCCAACAUGAUCAGGUGUCUGUGACUUUAACUACAAAAGUGUUUGUGUUCAUCUGUGAAUGAGUCCGUGUUGAAUGCAUGAAGAUGAUUUUUGUUUUUGAAUGUUCCUCCAAACAGCUUGUGGGUAAAAUCAGAGCAGAAAGCAGGACUGUCAGGUAAAAACAAGACCUCUCUACUACUCUUUCUUUUCCCACCUUCCUCCUCUCGUCCUCCUUGGUUGUAAUUCCACCAGUCGACCAGCGGAGGGCGACAUUUCCUCACCAAACAGCAGCUCAGCGACAGCAGGACUGACCCGCUUUGAACAUCACCAAACAAACAAAGGAACUUCUGCCUUAAAAAUCACGUCAUUUUACUGUGGAGGGAGUAUCCCACAUGUCAGGAUUUGUCUGUGUGACUACAUUUCCCAUCAGCCACCUGGGCUCAGCUCCACCUGCCUUCUUUGGGACUCUACAUUCUUCUCAUUUUAAUCAGUUGUUUUUGUGAAUGUGACAACACAAACUCACAUGUUACACUCAUAUGCACUCGUGUAUGGAAAGCCAAACAGGCCAAAAAAUGUCUGCGUUUUUGGCUGUCCAUAUAUGUGCACAAUGCUGUUUCCAAAAAAGCUGGGACGUUGUAUAAAAUGAAAAUAAUAAAAGCAGAAUGUGAGUUUAUGGAAUGUAGAAACAUUUAACUGAAAUGAGAAAAAAGACAAUACAUCAAUGUUUCAAAAAAAUUCAGACAGUUGCAACACAAGCAAAAAAGCUGUUUCUGUUACAUCUUACAAAUGUCCCAACUGUUUUGGAAACAUGGUUGAACACAUGUGUUACAUGUUUGUUGUUAGUUAUUCCCUUUGAAUGAUUUGUACAUAUUAACAUCUUUAAUGUCAUGUUGAAUGUGUUUUCAUGGUGAUUGUUUUUAGAUUUGUUUGAUUGACACAAAGUUUGAAUUGAACUGACGCACUUUGCCCUGAAGUACUACAGCAUUUGGAUCUGAUUGGAUGAAUGAAUGGGUGAAAAUAUGAAUGAGUGAAGGUGUUUCUGUCUGCAGAGAGAGGUUAAUGAAUGAGUUCUGUCACAGAAGGUAAAACAAAAGCUCUACAAAUUCUCUUUUACUCCUUUUGAUACUGUUUUUAUAAUGUUUGACGAGCAAAGAGCAGCUUGUUUUGCAUGAUUUCUUAUCAAUUUUUGUCUCUUUGAUGAUUGUUUUCAAACCAUUCACUUUAUUUCUAUGAACAAAACUACACUAAAGUAAAGUAAGAUUUCAUUUUGAAGCUAUUUAACAUAAAAAUGCCACUAAUUAUUCCAAUUUUAGAUCUGAACAGCAGGUGGCAGCACCUUUGCUGUCUGAAGAAGAAGCUGUGAAAUGUACAGAGAUGCUGUAGGUGUUACUUGAACUAACAAUGAUGCCCCACCUUUCUGCUUCAGUCAGACAUCAUUCUGCUCCAAGAAAAUGUUAAAAACCUAAACAUUUAAAGAGAUUUACUUUCCUCAUUGCAGAUUUAACACACUAAAGAGUCAUUUUUACUUUUUAACCGUACCUUUUCAGUCAUUAUUCUCAGUUAAGUGUGAUCGCAUAUGUGAAAAAGGAAAACUUGCACACUUUUGUGUCAACAGGUGCAUAAACCCCCCAACAAAUGUGUCAUAUUUAACCACACAUGAGAUUCAGAUUGCUCCUCCCCACUAACUCUCCUCAAGUCAGAACAUUUUCCAAAAUAGUUAACCUUAUAACCUUAUUUUAAAAAGCCUUGUCGGUUUUUUAUAAAGCAAUAAGAGAUAAUGAUAUUUUGCACAGUGCAAAAGAAAAUGGGACUGUCUUUCCACUUAAGCCAGAAGAUCUGACUAAAAGUCUGGAGUGUUUUUGAAUCGACUAAUCUCAGCUUAACUUAGUUGUUACAUAAAAUUCAAGCAUAUAUAUUAACUACAAUACAAAUUAUUUCCAUACAGUGUAAAACUGAACAAGUUGGAAAUACUUGAAAUAUUUGUUGUAACUGAUUUAGUAGUGGUCAAGUGGUGGAGAUGUAUUUUUUUAGUAUGGAUCAUACAUAAUGUACAUGUUCUCAUCCACUGCAGUUUCCCCUCAUGUGUUUCUCAUAUUUUAAUUUUCAUUAGCAAUGCUGCCCAAAGUAAGCUGAUUUGAUUGACUACAAGUAACAAAGACUGAAGGGUGAACUUUGACCCAGAAAAUGCUUCUCCACAGAGUUCAGAACAUUAUCCUUGUCAUGUCAAGGAUGGGCCCCACAGGUGGUACCUGCCUAACUGAGAGAGAAACUUCACUCAUGGUGCAAAAGCGACUAAUGCCCAAAGGCAGGUUAAGAGAUGUUUGUCAAAUAAUUUGAGGACAGUGACAAAAACAAAUACUUUGCAUGAAAGAGUACUUUUUCCUUAAAACUAAAAUGUGUUCUAUCAACUCAUAAAAGUAGAGCUGAAUUAGCUAUUUUUGGAUUUUAAGUUAAUAGAACUCAUUUUUUCAGGGAUGUCCAACCUAAGGCCUGGGGUCAACUGCAGCCCACAUUUGAACAUAAACCAUAUUCUUUGAAGAAUUGUACUUCUUAGUUACAACACUAGGUGGUACUGCUGUGUUACUUUGUAAACAAACAUUUUGACAAGAAUUCUUAAAUUGAGAUGAUGACAAAAAUGGUAAGCAUUUUCAUGUUCUGAUGGCGAAAACAAAAGGAUCACAGCAGCACUAAGGCUGGCCACACACUACAGGAUUUUAAGCCAGAUUUUAGGCACAAUUUUACCCCCGCUGAUGGAGUACCCACAACAACCAAAGAGAGCAUGCAGACCGGGGAGUGUCACCAGACAGAUCAUACUUUCACUGCUCACAACCAUAAACACAACUGUACCUUAAUUCCAGCCAGGAUUUCGUCCUGAGUCUUUCCCUGGUUUUAUGAUUUUUGCAGCACCUGUAAUGCAUGCAAGGACAGCUUGUUGUGGAGAAACAGCAAGACAGUAUCAACAGACAGUCUUGUUUUUUUUUUUUUCUAAAGUCACGUGAUCACGUGAGAUUGUAGGCAGGUUGGCAAGUGUGUGGUCUCCAGUGAUCUGACAAUCUGGCUGAGUUGUCUUCUAGUGUGUGCGUUCGGAGGAUUAAAUAUGAAAAUCUUUGGAAAUUGUCCUGAAGUCUGUGGUCUCCCAUGGUUUUAAAAUCGUUUCAGAUUAAAAAAUUGUCUAGUGUGUGGCCGGCCUAAGACGCUUAUAAAGUCUGGCAGCUUCAUGCAGUUUGCUCUUGUUUAGUCUCUGAAUGUGAAGAUAAGCCAUCAAUGUCUUCCCGCUUUGCUGCAAACUAGGAGUGGAUCCAAGGAAGCCAUGCCAACACAGGGUCCCCCUGAAAUUUGAAUGGCUGCCUAAAAAUUCCUUAACAAUGACUGGCUUUUUGCCUUGUCAGCCAUUAAUAGUAAGUUGUGAUGCUAGAUAUAUUUUUUUCAAGCGUAUACAACUACUUUGCAAUGUCAACCUACAUUGGAUUGGUUUUCCAAAAGAUGAGGUCGAGAAUAUCAAAUUGUCCUUGGGGUCCUUAUAUUGUUCUCUAGGUGGCCCUUAGUGGAAGAAAGAGUUAGGACGCCCCUGCUAUAGAUGUGCAGCUUAUCCACCUCCUUGAAAAGCUAAUUUGCCCAUUGUUUACUUCACUCUCUAACAUAGCGUCAAAUUAAUUUCAUCCUUAAACCCUCGCUGCUCCUGUAAAAUUCACCUAAAAUGCAGAGAAGCACAGAAACUAUUUGAAAACAAAGGUACGCAUCAAGUUGUAGGCCAACUGUACAGUUACAGUCCUCAUAACUAGUACAUUUCAGCUGUUUUCUCGUGAUGAUUUCAUUAUGACAGGAUAGAAGAGCUGGUUUUCUUGUAAUAAUUAUUUCUGUAGUUUCCUGGACAACUCGAGGAAUGAUGGAAUUUACUCACUACAAAACCAGAGUAAAAUAACCUGGGUAUAUGACUACUUAGAGCUUCUGUAGUUUUUCAUCUGUUAUUUAUUCUUUAUUCACAUUAAUUAAUGAAAAUAAUAAUGCCUAUCAAAGGUAUAAUGUCUUCCAGUGCAAGCUUACGUUCAACAAACAAUCCAAACCCAAAGAAUUUUUAAUUGUUGUAUCAAAUGAGACUCCUCACAAUUGAAGGGCCUGUACCUGUGAGUAUUUUUGUUCUGAAAGAGAAAAAAAAAAGUUUCUAGCACUAAAACCUGCUUGUAAUUGUAAAUAUGCACUCAGAGAUAGCAGUAGUGGAGAGGUUAAUCAAUAACAGGAGUGUUUAAUGUGUCAGUAUAUGUUCAGGGCUUUUCUAACUAACUCUUUGCAGACGAUACACUCCAAUUUUUAUCAGAUUUCCUUCCGAAGGUCAGUGUAUUUGGAGUGUAUUGCCCAUUUAAUCAAAUAAAUGAUGUCAGUAGUAAUACAGCAGCUUUGAAAUCAGCCAAAACACUUCAUAUUUCCACUGAUAUCCAUGUAAAACUGUGAGCUAAGUAUGUAAAGAGCUACCGUGCUGUCAUUUAGAACUUUAUGCAAAAAAUACACAAUAAUAAAUCAGCUUUGGUGUUAUUUUUUAAGUUCUUAUAAAAUACUGUUCAGACUGCAAGCAUGGUGCCGUUAACAAACCAGCAAAAACAAAAAUGUCUUUUCUUCUACAUUCCUGUAUGUUUUUAAAGAUUCUUUGAUCAUCAUGUGUGAAAGUGCUGAAACUUCUAACAAACAUGUACAGAUCCUCUCUGGCUCUUUAACUCCACGAAUCAGCAGGUCCAGCGUGAUUUGAACCUUCAGAACAUGUAAAGUCGUGUGUUUUUACCAUGUUGUAAAUGUUGUAACGAUAACCAAUGGCAGUACUUCUCUUCUUUAUGUCGUGCACAUCUUUUUACUUUGAAUGUUGUCAGACACUUUGUGAACAAAAUGCUUCUUUUUUUCUUUCCUCUGAAACAUUGUUCUAAUAA